AAAAAAAACAACAACAAAAACCCUAUUUAAAAAAACUCGUAAAUUUCCAGUUCGAGGCAGGAGGCGGUUUUAAAUGAAAACCACCGACAAUUGAAUAAAAUUGGCGUCUAAAUUUCCGAUUUGGAGCGAGUGGUGCGGCGAGGCGGAAAAAGGGAAGGAAAAUCGGGACUGCCCGUUCCCACUCCCUGACGUGUCGGGCUUCGGUUUGUCGCGACGGCGCGGCGUCUCCUUGAAAGUGGAAAGACACCGAGGGAAGGCGAGAGCGGCUCGGCCGGCAUGCGUUAUCACCUGCCACCGACACACCGCCACGUAGUGAGCCACCACUGACCGGAGACGCGAGACGUCCAAACGACAACAAUGAAGAAAAAGAUCAACAUCAAGGAGUACUUCGACGAUGACAACUCCAUCGACCUCAGCUUGGGCGAUCUCGAAGAGGUCCCAGUCAAAGAAAUCGCUACCAUUCCUAAGGCAGUUUUUUUGGAUUUGUCUAGUAAUAGAAUAACAUCCCUAGGGAACAAUUUUUCAACAUUGCUCACCCACCUGGUUAAGCUAGACUUGUCGCAGAACAGAAUCACCGAGUUGCCCGAAAACUUUGGCCUUCUCAUUCACUUGAAGUACCUUGAUUUAUAUCAGAACCGGCUGCAAGCUCUGCCUCACAGCUUCUCAGACCUGCGGUCACUGCGUUGGCUCGAUCUCAAGGACAACCCGUUGACUCCGUCGUUGGCUAAAGUCGUCGGCCAUUGCCAAGACAGUCAGGCUUGUCAAACCGCGGCGAAGAACGCUGUCAGACAUAUGACCCAGAUGCGCAACAUAGCCAUAGAGGAGAACAAAAUGAAACAGGAACAAAAGAGGAAACAUGGUGUCUUCGGAGUGCACAUCAUGGUUAAGAAUUUGGAAAAACAAGAAAAAGAGCAACAGCAAUUGACACAAAAGAAGGAAAAUAAAAAGAAAAAGAAGAAGAAAAAUAACACAAAAUCUACUGAGCAGGCAGCAGAAUUAUUUACGAAUGAAGAUAUUUUACUUUAUAAAGAAGUUAUGUAUGGACUAGAUGACAUGUUGACAGAAGAAAAAAGACCGUUAAGUAUUUUUAGGACAGGUUGGUCUUUUAUUCGCUCAAUUGUAAAAGUAAUAUUCAUAUUUUCAUUGAUAUUUGGACUUGCAAUGUUUGGGCUAAGUGUCUUCGAUCAUGGCCUAUACAAACAAGUGUCGUCGACGAUAAUCAAGAAUGCGAAUAGGAUGAGACCGAGUAUCCCUAAGAGCCAAUUCUUAAAUUCGGCGUACAAACUGUUUUAUGAAUCUGUUAAGUCUGUGUCGGCGAUGCUACGACAGAACAUUUUAAACCUUGGGAUCUACACAGUCAACACCUACAAUUUCCUGACAACUGAUGAACAAGUGCAGUUGUAUGUCGGUAUCUUUAAAGAAAACAUUCACAUUGCAUAUAUCAAAACUGUAGAUACGUUAUCUGUUAUGUAUUCUAAGCUACAUGAUUACAUGAACACUGAAAAAUAAAUAAAUCUGUCUUGUUUUAUAUUUAUUAAAUAUUUUGUUUCAAUUUUUGUAAUCUGCAAUAUUAUUAAAGUGUGCAGUUUUGUUGAUUUCA